AAAGGCAAGCAGCUAUUUACUCUUUCAUCUCUAAUCUCUCUGUACUUCUCUCUCCCUCCCUCUCUCUUUCUAAAUGGAAGCUCUCACCUUUAUGAAAUUCUGGCUAACGAACAAUAAACCCCGCCGUGAAACCAGAAUCUCAGAAUCCGCCGUCGGAUCCUCACCAGCAUUAGAAGAUUCCGAAUUUGAACUCUGCGACGGAGAUGAUUCCUUCUUCGAGCUCGAGAUCUCUCUCUCCGACUUCUCCUUAAAGAAAAACAAAACCCACGACGAAAAACAGACAACUUUCUCUGUCUCUAAAAGCAAAGUCAUCCCUUUCGUCGAAACCACUUCAAAACCUCAAUCUCCGACCACUCCACUAAACUCCGGUCGAAAGUUUCGUGCUUUCUCCUUCAAGAAGCAAGAAACAGCAGCUACAAGCUUCAGAAAAACGACCCCCAUUUCGAAAUCACUGCUCAAAACCGACACGAUGUUCUUAGACGACUCUGUUUCCCCUGUUUCCUCUGUUUCUUCCUCAAAGAGAUUCUUUGAUCUCAUAAAGCCUUUAUACAAAACAACCAAGAAACAGAGUGUCAAUAGUGUAACGACAUCUCCGGCGUCUUCACCGACGACGGCGAGGGAGAAACAGAGGAAUAAUAAACCGUCAGGGCUUUGGAAGAGCCGGUCGGCGUCUGCGACAGUCGGAGUGAUGUCUCCGGCGAAGAGGGUUGACGAGUCUUUACAGAUGCAACAAGAUGGGAUUCAAAGUGCGAUUCUUCAUUGCAAGAAAUCUUUUCACGGGUCAGAAUCUUAUUUGUUACCGCGAUCUAGCAGUGAAUCUUCUUCACUAGAGAAACUCAGUACUUCGUCGUCUGAAGAUUCGUAUUUGUUUUCAAGAUUAUCAAGCGAAUCAAUGUCUUCGGAGAAAUCGUUCGAUAACCUGACUUCAAUCAAGGAACAAAUGGAGAAGAUUAGCGAUUAGUUUUUUUUUUUUGUAAUAAGAAUUUAGAAGACAAGAAUUUUAGUUUCUUUUUAAAAAUAGUUUUAAAAAGUUUAAAUGACGAUGAUCAUGGCAAAACAGGGAAAUUUUGUUGCAGGAUUCAGUAGUGUUUCAGAUUAGUGAAGGGUCUCGUUUUAGCCUUUGUACAGUGAUGGAUCAUUAUGUGAUUCCUGACACACCUAGAGAAAUGAAAAAUAGUAAUACUAAUGUUUAUUACAUAUCUCUGUCGUCCUCGUCUGUCACACAUCUCACAAUCUUACCAUGGUUAAUUUUCACAGAAAUGAGC